AAAACUUCAGCUGGUAAUGAUAUAUAAAGAAAAGAAAAGUGUGCAUUCUUCCUCAACUCUCCAGACAGUCUUCGGGAGAUUAAACUCCAGGCCUGCGCCAUCCCACCAUAGUUACCAACACACUCUCAGGACUCCCAGUGGAUUCAUAAUCCAGCUGUCAGAAUGGUGGGACUGAAGCCAUCUGAUGUGCCCCCUCCUCUGGGUGUGAAGGUUCUGAGUGCUGGCACGGCUGCCUGUAUCGCUGACCUGGUGACCUUUCCUCUUGACACCGCCAAAGUGCGGUUACAGAUCCAAGGGGAGAAGGCCACAGUAGGUGCGGCGGAAGGCAUCCGCUACAGGGGGGUGUUUGGGACACUCAGCACCAUGAUUCGGACUGAGGGGCCCCGCUCGAUCUACAACGGCCUGGUGGCAGGGCUGCAGAGGCAGAUGGCCUUCGCCUCCAUCCGCAUUGGCUUGUACGACAGCGUCAGGGACUUCUACAGCGGUGGCAAAGAAAACGCCAGUAUUGGCAUUCGUAUCCUGGCUGGUUGUACUACAGGGGCCAUGGCGGUGUCCUGUGCCCAGCCCACAGACGUGGUAAAGGUCCGCUUCCAGGCCCAGCAGAACCUGCAGGGUGUGGCCCGACGCUACAACGGCACCAUGCAGGCCUACCGCCAGAUCUUCCAGCUUGAGGGACUCAAAGGACUAUGGAAAGGCACACUACCCAACAUCACUAGGAAUGCCCUGGUGAACUGCACUGAGCUGGUGUCCUACGAUCUCAUCAAACAAGCCAUUCUCACGCGCAAGCUGCUGUCAGAUAACCUGCCUUGCCACUUUGUGUCUGCCUUUGGAGCUGGCUUCAUCACCACGGUGAUCGCCUCACCCGUGGAUGUGGUGAAGACACGCUAUUUGAACUCUCCCCCUGGCCAGUACAAGAGCGCCAUCAACUGUUCCUGGACCAUGAUGACCAAAGAGGGGCCGUCAGCCUUCUACAAAGGGUUCGUUCCCUCUUUCCUGAGGCUGGGCUCGUGGAAUGUUGUGAUGUUUGUGUCGUUUGAGCAGCUCAAGAGGGUUAUGAUGGCAACCAAGAAGAAGUACGAGGCCACCACGUAGGAAGGACCUCCAAAAUGUACCACUUCGCUCGCCCUACCCCAAUUUACAGACUGAAUACACUCGGAAAGGGCCAUGCCAAUUUACUGGGAACCAGUAGUGUAUUGUGUGUGGAAUCAAAGGCAAAGACUACCCCCUUCUGGACACCCACUGUCAGUGCUACUGCUGAUAUUCGUUCCCCCAAUUUUCUAAUAUGUACCUUGUAUGUAAACUGUAAAAUUCUGUUUACUUUUGUAAAUUACUGUUAAGAUA